AUGAUUGAAACAACAAACAAUGAAGCACUCAUGAUACACACGCCAAAUAUGUGGGAAGAAUUGCCGUUAGAAAUUCUCAAUUACAUUUUGGAAUAUUUGGAUCCGAGAAAUUUGGUGAAUUUGAUGUGUGUUUCUUCUCAAAUUCGGUUGAUGGCCAUCAAAUUUUUACUGAUGGGUCUCGGAGAGAAGGAAUAUAUGAAUGAACGAUUACGUAACAUGAACAAGCCUAAUAGUAAUUUGCUAAUACCCAAUGAAUUAGGGGGAAAUAGUUUAAUUUCCUUCCUUGAUGUCUUGUUAUCAGAACAGAAGAACGACGAGGAUACACAACAGUUGUUUCUUCCGAGAAUUAAUUUGAGCAUCUUUUCAGCUCCAACAUUAUGGUCCACAUUGAACAAACUUGAAAGUGUAAUUGAGAAAUAUCAUGUCAUCGAGUUGGUGUUGAAUUUACACGAAUCCGAUGAUGUCAUUCGAUGGCUUAACAAGACACUGAGCAAGAAUUCUAUGAAAACCAUUACUCGCUUGACUGUCAUGUAUCCAUCCAAAAGAGGUUUCUACCAUGAUCCCAAACGCGAUGAAUUGGUGUUGCCAAAUAACAGACCUCUCAAGGUAUUGAACGGUUUUUUCGUCACGAGUGAAAAAAGUCUCCAAAAUCUUUGCCUAAACCGAGAAUUGUGUCUCAGUUUACAAGUUCUCACAAUUUCCUGUUCCUAUUUAUUUCAUUUUGUUGACAAGCAUUUUAAUUUACUUGACCAUGCAUUGAGGACCGUGUUAAAAUCAAUGCCAAACCUGACAACACUUUAUUUUGAACUUUCUACCCAAUCACGUAUUUCAGUUGAUGAUGAAAUGGUUCAAUUAUUAGAGUCAACCAAAUUGAAAGUGUUUCGAAUAGAGUCGAGCCAAUCUAUUUUCCUGCAAAAACUGACAGAGAAAUCUUUAGCUACAUGUUUGCCACACAUUGAAGAGUUACACUUAAACGUCAAUUUUAAUGGUCCAUCCUCUUCAUAUAGUCACACUGCUACCACACCAGUUUAUCACAAUGAAGCAUUAGAAGCUUUUUUCCCACCACGCCCUUUGAAAUACUUAUUUUACUGCCACUCUGCUGCAACAGGAGCAUUGGUGAUGAAAAUUCCACAAAUUGAAACAUUAUUUAUAUACACUCAGUAUUCUGCAAAGGGAGAUGACUUUCCAUCCUUGAAAGUGCAACGGUUAAUUGUAAAAGGAUAUCAUGACUAUUUGAAAGAAAUUUGCUUGACAGAUCUUUUCCCUUAUACUAGAGAGAUUGUAUUUUAUGACUCCACUGUCAAGUGUUCUACGAUAUGCAACCCAAAAAGAGGGGCAAAGAAUGCGCUUGAAUCUGUUACUCUUGAGCAUUGCUCAUUAGACAUCACUGAUUCGAAUCAAAUUGCUGCUUUAAUUUCUCAGUUACGAUCAUUUAAAGCAUGGAAAACAGUGUUUUACUCAAACCAAAUUUCUAAUGACCCUACCGUUGUUACCAUUGAAAAACAACAACGAAUUUCAGCUCUGCAAGAACGGAGAAAAACCAUCGAAAAAGUGUGUGACGCACAGUUGCAAACAUUGAUUGUAAAAGAUUGUCAGAGCUUUUAUGACUUCUUUUUAAUUGCAAUACUAUCUCUUAAUAUGCCACAUUUAAAGAGAAUUCGACUGGAAAAUUCAUAUUCAGUCUCGGAGGAUGAAUUACAAAUUUUGUUUGAAAGUAUUCGAGGAGCAAAUUUAAUGAGUUCUCUGAUUAUUGGGCCAAAAUUUAAGAAUAAUUUAAUUAUGGAGUAUCUGGAAAUGAUUCAUUGUUUCGAUAUUAAUAGUAACACCCAUGAUAUAUUGAAGAAUAAUGACAUUCAGUUGGCAUUCAAUGGUCCAUGUAUUACAUGUGAACUAUUUAAUCUGCUUUCCAAUGAAAUGUUGGAACAAAUUUCAGUAAUUUCAUUACCCGAUGCAAUGCUUGAGUGUGAUAAAUUUACGGAGAUUUUGGAUCGUUUAAAUCCAAACAAACUCAAAAAGUUGCAAAUUAAUUUUGGAAACAGUGGGCCUACACUCGAAUUUUUCAAGCAUCUCAAGCGAUUCUCAAUGUUAGAGCAAGUAUAUAUCAGCGGAAAAGCUAAACCAACCUCAGACUCGGAACAUGAACUUUUUAAACCUUUUUUGUGUCAAGACAUACUUCAUGAAAUGGCAAAAUUGACCAUUUUCUUUUUUGACUGCCCUGAUUGGUGUAAAUUCUCCACCGUUGAGGUGGAAUUGUUGAAAAAGCAAUUGAGAAGUUUGAAUCGAUCGGCACCCAAAUUAUUACUUCCAUUCGAUAACGUGAAUUCGGAUUAUUCCAUGGAUCCAAACAAGAAGAAGCAGACAACAACCUGGUCUGGCAGCUUUUGUGAAAUUCAAUAA